CACUGAAAAAUGGUCAGUUGCCUUACUCAUUACCAAGUAAGGAGUCAAAAAAUACAGCCUGUAACCCUUUAUUAGUUAUAUGGUCUACACCUAAAGAAGAAAAAUGAAGGUCGUUGUGCUUCUACUUGGCCUGUGUUGCUUCCACCAAACAUCUGGAGUGACCCACUCCCUACAGUACUUCUACACCGCCUCCACAGAAAUAUCCAACUUCCCUGAGUUUGUGGCAGUUGGAAUGCUGGAUGGGAUCCAGUUUUAUUACUAUGACAGUAACAGCAAGCAAGCUGUGCCUAAACAGAACUGGGUUAACGAAGCUGCAGACCCUCGGUACUGGGAGAGGAACACUGCAAAUUGCCUGGGUUCCCAACAGUCUUUCAAAGCAAAUAUAGAUAUUGUAAAGCAACGCUUCAAUCAAACUGGCGGUGUGCACACUUUCCAGAAAAUGUACGGCUGUCAGUGGGAUGAUGAGAGUAAAGCUACAGAUGGAUUUAAUCAGUUUGGUUAUGAUGGAGAGGACUUUAUCACUCUGGAUCUGAAGAACCUGAGAUGCAUUGCUUCAACACCAGAGAGUCUCAUCACAAAGAACAAGUGGGACAAUGACAGAGCUUGGCUUGAGAAUAAUAGGAACUACUUCACCACAGAGUGCAUUGAUUGGCUGAAGAAGUAUUUGCAGUAUGGGAGCAGCACUCUGGAGAGGAAAGUCCGCCCAGAAGUCACUCUCCUCCAGAAGGACACUGCAGUGAUGUGCCAUGCUACAGGCUUCUACCCUGAAGGAGUGAUGAUCACCUUGAAGAGAGAUGGAGAGGAGAUGCUGGAUGAUGUGGAUGUGGGGGAGACACUGCCCAAUGAGGAUGGAACCUUCCAGAAGAGAGCUGUGCUUACCGUGUCACCUGAGAUGAAGAAGGGGCAGUACACCUGUGAGGUGGCCCACAAGAGCGGACCUCCUACUUUUAAGACCCUGAUUGUGGAAGAUGGCAAUAUCCUUGGUAUCAUCAUUGGCUGUGUUGUGGCUGUUGCUGUCGUGACUGGUGUGAUUGUCGCCAUUGUUAUGAUGAAGAAGAAAGGCUACAAAAAGGCAGAGCAGUCCGAUUCAGAAUCUGAUCACUCCAACGGUGCACGGACUUGAGGUAACUGCUGAAUGUGAAGAGUGAGGAGCAAUGAAGAAGGAUAUGCAAAUCAACAAACAGAUUUCUCUCUAUAUGCAACAUCCUACAAUGGUUAUAUCCAUGAUUUAGGUAUAAUGUUAAGAUUUUAUGUCUAUUUACUUUCAUCCAGUUUUUAGCAAUAACUCAUCCUUUUCUCAAACUGCUGUACAAACAAAAUAGAUUCUAGUGCAGUCAAAUCUGUUCUAUUGGUGUGAAGAGUAUUGAUUUGAAUAUAAUAGUAGGCAUUGUGGUUUCUUUAAUUGUAUUGUGUUGGUGUGCUGUUGCUUUGUAUUGCUCUGUACAAUGUGUUUAAUAUAUUUGUUUCACCAUUUGAACUGGUGAUGGGAAGUGGGCAAUUCUUGAUUCUAGGGUGAAACAAAGAUCCACUUUUUUUUUCCAUCUUUCAUAUUUUCAAUUUUUUCCAGUCAGCAAUUGAAUGAGUCAAUAACCAGAUUGACUACAUAUAGACUUGAUUCACAAACAUAAAAAUUUAGAAUUGUGUUAAAAAUUGAUAUUGUAGAUACUGCUGUCAUCAAUGGAAAUGUAUUACAAAAAAUAAAAUCUACCAAAUUGGAA